CGCAUGCUUCAGCUUUUACGAAUGGAACUCUCCACAUGAUGUGAUAUGUUGCAAUAAUGUAUUCAAGAUGGUAGAUACGUUAUAUGAGAGUCGACCACCAGCCAGCCGGAACGCCCAUAGAGCCUCGCACCGUGUGCCGAGAUGUCGCUCGCUCUCAAGUUCACGUCGCUGGCCGUCCGGACUUUUGCGAAACCCAUAGCUAAUUUUAUAAAGAAACAAGCUCGCGAACAUGAGGGUUUCCGGAGAACCUGCAUUUCUUUUGCCCAAACUCUCCACCGAAUCGAUAUGCGAUGGCGGAUAGGGCUUUUACAAGACGCAGCAGCCGUUGAGAAGCAGGCUGCGAGAGAAGCCAAAGCAGCUGAGGCUAAAAAGCAUCAACAUAGUAUACCCACGGUCAAAACAGAAGCACAAACAAAAGCAGAAGAGGAGGCAGCCGCGCGCGCGGCCAAAGAGGCAUCAGAGCCGCCCAAACCGCGACCGAAACCCAGGAUCAAGCCUCUCUCUGAAGCUAAGGCUAUUGAAUCCGGUGCCACCUUCAUAAGUGAAACCUUUCUAUUUGGGGUUGCGGCCGGAUUGAUUGUUUUCGAGUCAUGGAGAUCUGGCCGCAAGGAAAGCAAGCGACGAGACGACGUAGCAGAGCGUCUGAAUGAUCUGGAAGAAUCUGAGAAAGCCGCUAGACGAGCAUUGGUGGAGCUAGAGCGAGAGGUAUUACGGCUUCGAGCGAAGGAAAAGAACGGCAAGCAGCACGGGACUGUGAGGAUUUUGCCUCCGGAGAUUUAUGAGGAUAAAGACGAAGAGGAAGAGGAGAAGCCUGUCGGUUGGUUCUCUCGAUUGGCAUCCCUCGUAUCUGGAGAGAAGCCAGACAAGGAAGCGUCUGAGGCUUUGAGCAAGAAUGCCCCUGGGCCUGCAGAGAAUAUCCUGGUUCAGUCUGAUAAGGUCUUGGAAGAAAAGCAUAAGCAAGCGGUUCUAGCAGCCGAACAGAGUGCCACUGAGUCAAAGUCAGGACGAAGGGAAACAGUGGUACGGUGAGAUGGCUUUCGAGAUGAGACCUUUUGUAAGGCACCGUCUGAGCAUCUGCCGAGUUAAUUUUGUCCUCUCUCCAAUGUACAUUUUAUACGAGAUACCCG